AUGCUAACAGUUCACUCUAAAAUUAUUUCAGAAGAUGAAUUAAUUAUUAACGCGUACUUCCCGACCGGACCACAAUUUAUAUUACGUUAUAUAGGUGUUCACGUCCAUUUAAAUAAAAAAGUGCACGAUACGGCUGCUGCAGCCAUGACAGAUGUACACUGCCUAUAUAAUACUAUCGUCAGACUAAAAAAAUCCAUAUUUUUUGUUGUUGUUAAGACUGUACACGAUAUUUUGACGAUGCAUUGUGUGCCGUUGUGCAGUUUACAAAGGAAAAAAAAUCAUGAUUCUCGAAUAACAACAGACCCAUCGGGAUUUGAUUCGGCCGAUUAA